GACUGCACGUUCUUCAAUAAGAAAGACAUCCUCAACCCGGGGCCCAGCUCAGUGAUACCAAGUCAGACUCACAGAUAACCAUCGGGGAUGGGCGUCUCCCUCCUGCUCGCACCUGCACCCCCGGGUGGAUCCCGUUGCUGCCUGGGCACAGCCCUUCCACCCCCGCACCCCCCAGUGGGCAGCUCCCCAGUCAGCCACCUUUGUUCCCAUAGGCUGCACGCCAGGUUCUACGAGCUGGCCCCCAACGUGGUCCCCAUGGACUACAGGAAGAGCCCCAUCGUCCACGUGCCCAUGAACCUCAUCAUCCAGAUGCCAGAGCUUCGGGAGAACCCCUUCAAGGAGCGGAUUGUGGAGUCUUUCUCCGAGGACGGCGAGGGGAACCUGACCUUCGAUGACUUUGUGGACAUGUUCUCCGUGCUCUGCGAGUCGGCUCCCCGCGACCUCAAGGCCAACUAUGCUUUCAAGAUCUACGACUUCAACACUGACAACUUCAUCUGCAAGGAGGACCUGGAGAUGACGCUGGCCCGGCUCACCAAGUCGGAGCUGGAGGAGGACGAGGUGGUGCUCGUGUGCGACAAGGUCAUCGAGGAGGCGGAUCUGGAUGGCGACGGCAAGCUGGGGUACUCCGACUUUGAGGACAUGAUCGCCAAGGCCCCCGACUUCCUCAGCACCUUCCACGUUCGGAUCUGAGGACACGGCCGAGGUCUCAGGCCCCGAAGCCCACCGUCUGCCUCUGCUGUCUACACAGUUUUGACCUCCAAGCGCCCGGGACAGCAGCUGUGGCCUCCAGGGCUACACCCACGGACGUUUCCUUGGCCUUUCAGCAAAAAAACCCUCAACCAGGGGAGCGGGUGUGAGAAGCCGGGCCCUUGGCAGCCUGCUGUGGUUCGGCCCCUGGCCCCACAGCCCCUCACAGGCCUUCCCUCUGUCCCCCAACCUCCUCCGUCAGGAAGGCCCCCAGGGAGGGGAAGGCAGACCGCCUAAUGGGGCAGGGGGACCGGCUUGUGCAAGGGCCGGAAACAUGCCUGGCCACCCAGGGCAAAGGGAAAAGACAGAUGUUAACGACGAGAUGUUAACGAACUAUGCAAUCUUCCUCCAGUCCCACAGCUGGGCUCCGUCCGCAGCCCACCCCACCCCCCAUCUGUCCCCGCCUCCCCACCCUUCCCAAUGUGCAGCUGAGUGAACAGCGGGCCCAAGGGCUCUGCCCCGGUGUCUGUCUUCCCCAACCAGGCGGAAUCCUCACGGGUGUGUGCCGUCCACGAAUCUGUGAACUCCUGCUAGUAAAACAC